AUGACGAUUAAAAGUUUCCGUUAUUUUCAAUGCCCUGUACUACAAUUCUGCGUCAUAAUAAUUUGUCUAAUCUACGGUGAAAUCAUACAUCCGUAUAUUUCAUUGAACGCAUGGAGACUGCCUGAUAACAAACCAAGCGACGACGAAGUGAGAAUUCUACUAAUAGCCGAUUCCCACAUUGAAGGUUAUCAUUCGGAUCUAUGGAUUUUCAAUGACAUACUACAGGCUGAUAGUGAUGAUUACCUUCGAUUUUAUUUCUUAAAAGCUGUACAAGGAACAAAUUCUAAUGGUGUUUUGUUUUUGGGUGAUGUCCUGGAUACCGGAGACAUAGCAUUAAAUGAAGACUUUACACAUGCAACAUCACGCUUUCGAAAGAUAUUUCUUUCUGAGAAAGAUUUGUUUGUCAUUUUAACACCUGGAGAUAAUGAUAUCGGUGGUGAAGGAAAUCCUGUUACAAAAAAAACGUUAACCCGUUUCUUCGCUAAUCUACCUGUCAAAUAUGGAAAUUACAAAUAUAAAUUUGUCAAUUUCUAUUCAGAUUAUAGGAAACCUGAAAUUAGACCAAAAAUUUCCAAUGAAAAUUCUUCUGAUGAAAUUAAUGUAUAUGUCAGUCAUUUUCCAGUUAUCUCUCACGAAUAUGUCCACUUUCCUUUGAAUUUACUUAAAGCAAAUGCCUCUUUGAGUAUUCAUGGUCAUCUUCACAGAAGUCAAAUUAUUCAUUGGAAAAAUACUAAAAAUUUUGAAAAUGCACAAUCAAAUGUUGAAUGGAUACAAACUCCACAAUUAUCAAGUAUAUCAUCACAACCAUUAAGCUUCAAAUUGAAUGAUAGCUUAAAAUUAUUAGAAAUUCAAAAUAAAUUAACACAUAAAAAACAAAUAAAAUUAUAUGGUGAAUUAAUUUCUAUUGGUGUACCAUCAUGUACUUAUCGUUCAGGUUAUCCACAAAUAACUGGUAUAGGUCUAUUACAAUUAUAUCAAAAUAAAUCUAUCAUUUAUACAGUACUACCAUUAUAUAAUCGUUAUUGUACAAUUUUUAUUUAUUGUCUAUUAAUUACUUUACUUAUAGGAUUAAAAUUUAUUUUUUAUUGUACUAGUAUUUCAUUUAAAUUUAAAUAUUGGCAAAAGAUUUUUCUCUUGAUUAUAAUUGUUUUAAUAUUAUUAAUGAUCUAUAUUGAAUGUGAUAUAUUUGCUCGAAUUGGGAAAUUAUUUUGA